AUGUCGUCGACGGUGGAAAAGAACGAAUAUCCUAAAGCGUCGAAUGCGCUCGUGAUCGGAGCUGUGCUCUCGUACGUCGCGGCAGUGUUUCUGCUGAUGAGCUUUUGCUCGCCCUACUGGAUCGUGUCGUAUCCGGAAUCAUUCAGCAGCUUCAAAAACAUGGGCUUGUGGGAGUAUUGUUUCCGUGAUUUCACCUACCCGUACUACCAGUUCCCGAAGCAAUUCAACGGCUGCCAUCACAUCUUCAGCGAGGAGUACUACGUCAUCAGAGAGUACCUGCUGCCGGGGUGGCUAAUGGUGGUGCAAGGAUUCAUGACCAUUUCCUUUCUGUUCACAUUCGUUUCACUGUUUAUCAUGGCAUGCGAGAUUGUAAGGUGGCCACUGAAGAUCGUGUUGCGCUACGAAUGGCUGCUAAGCAGCUUUUCUUUCGUCGGCAUAGCCUCGUCAUCACUAUUCAUGUUCUUAGCCGUGGCCAUCUUUGGUGGAAACGCGUACCGGCGCGAUUGGCUCAUGUACCCGAAGUUCAACGUUCUCUCGUGGUCGUACGAGUUAGCCGUAGUAUCGUUCUUGAUUCUUGGGCUGGCUGCACUGCUGCUGUACAAGGAAUCGCGCAAAUCGUACGAGAUGCGCCGUGAGGCCAAGAAUUUGGUUAUGCAGAUGCAGAUGCAAGAACCGGGAUACCACAUGUCGCGUCACACUAGCCGUAGCCUGCACAGCGGUGGGUACAUUUAAGCGAGCAAACCCCCACCCAUAACGAAUUGUAAUCUACCUCUUCGUACAAUGCACAAAACGAGGAGUACUACUCAUUAUCACCAUAUCAGUUUAUACAGCUUCGGCUUAUAAACACGAUCGAAUGGAAUCUCUAACGAAUCCCCUCUAUAUUCUCUACGAAAAAAAAAAAAAAACAAACGAUGGCCGUAUAA